UCUUUACUUAAUCAACAGCUUAACUAAAUUAAUUGUGAACUGAGAUUAAAUGGCUUGGUUUGUUUUUGAUUUCUAAGCGCCUGUUCAUCAGUAAAAUACUGUAGAACGCUACAGUGCACAGAAAUCCCUGAGUAUGUCAUUAAGUGAGGUUUGCACACUGUGAAUGUAAAAUGUUAAACUCUGCCCUUUUCCCUACCUGUCAGGUUGAGAAAGAGGGACGUCUGCAGCCCAAUGUUGGUCAAAGUCUCUGUGUACAGUGGACAUGUAUCUGAGGGCUUCAUGGAGCAGGCUCCUCUGGCCUCAGUGCUUACAGAGAGAUGGUACAUGGCUCCAGGGGUCCAGAGGAUUGAUAUCAGAGAGAAAGGAGUGCGGGGGACUCUGUUUAUACCUACAGGUCAAGGACCCUUCCCCGGGCUGUUGGAUAUGUGGGGAGGUGGUGGAGGGCUGGUCGAGUAUCGUUCGGCCUUGCUGGCAUCCCAUGGUUAUCUUUCUUUUGCGCUGGAGUAUUUUACCCCCGGUGAGCUGAAGUCAGCAGAUGUAGAGUUGAACCUUUUUGAGACAGGAUUUGGUAUUCUCAAAGACCAUCCUCAAGUGAUCCCAGACAAAGUUGGAAUUUUUGGUCUUUCCCUCGGCUCAAUUGUGACCAUGUAUUUGGCAGCUGAGAGCACCGUUAUCAAGCCUCGUUGUUGUGUUUGUGUCAGCGGCAGCCAUGGUUAUCCACUUGGGGAGCCCCUCAGAAAAGUCUUUGAACUGUUGCUCAAGAAUUCUCACAUGGUCUGUCUGGAUGAGAACAACUAUCAUAUAUGGCGAGAAAUGGGCCUAGUACUCACCAGUGACCCCUCAAAGAAAGUAAACGUGGGGAAAAUAAACUGUCCAAUGUUGCUGGUCAACGGCAAGGAUGAUCAGAACUGGCCCACAGUGGAGUGUGCUGAGGAUAUCGCCCAGAUGAUGCAGGCUGCAGGGAAGGAGCACCUGCUGACCAGAGUACAAUACCCCAACACUGGACAUCUGAUUGAGCCGCCCUACUCACCUCACUUCAGGGCUUCUACAUUUAUAAUGGAUAGCACAAAAGAUAAAGCCACAGCCAUUAAGUGA